AAUUGAUAUCCAUCCAUGCUCAUCACUUCAGUAGACAUAAACGAGAGGCCAAAAAUUGACGAAGAUCAACUCCUAACAUGGUGGCACUCUCCUCUCUCCAAACUCAACUCCAUUCUUCUGCAAAUGCCCACCUUGUCCCCUUCUCCUCCUGCAAACCCACCUCGCCAUUUUUGCUAUACUUCCGUAGAACUCCCAGGAGGCCCCAGGGCUCUAAACCAAAUGGAGUUUAUGCUUAUAUGGAAGAAAAGAAUUCCAUUUCAAGUUUUGCUAAUAAGGUCAUCGGUUCACUCCCUGUUGUCGGGCUUGUAGCCAGGAUUUUUAGUGACGAAGGAGGCGUUGGAGGCGAUUUUAUUGAUUUUGCGGAAUUCAGAAGAAAGGUUGGAAAGAAAUGCUCCAUUAAUGAUUCUAGAGCUUUCUAUGAGUUCAAAGAUCGACGUGGCCGGGCAGGGGAUCCUCUGUAUGUUCUUCUGUGCUGUUGGUUGGCUGCAGUUGGAGCUGGUUUGCUCAAAUCUGAGGAGAUAUUGGAAGGGGUUGCAAGGCUUCGGAUUUCAAACGAUAUUGAAUUUGAAGAAGAAAAUUUUAUUGCAAUGAUGAACGAAGCAAGAGAGAAAAGGGCAAAACUAAGAUCUCCGGUCCCAUCUAUUCCAAUGGUAGUUCGUGCUGAGAAGGCCCUUGAAGCUAUUUAUGUAUGUUGCUAUGGGAGAGAUCCGUUGGAAGAAGAAGAUGAAAGACUACUACGUAUCAUACUCAAUGCCGUAUUCCCCACAGUUGGGCAGCCACAAAUCGAAACAAUCAUAAAUGAGAAGGCAAAGAGAGUGGCCGAAGGAACAGAUGAAAUCAAAAUUUCGGAGCCUAUGCCCUUAUCCAAAGAAGCUGUGCAAAUGCAAAUGAAGGAUUUACAAUUCCUUAGACAAGGAGACGAGAAGUCUUGAUACAGCUUAUUUCCUAUGACUUUGAUGUGAAACCGAAAUUGGUGAAUUCCUAUUGGUUAUGACGGCACGAGAAAUUGGAAUCUAGAGCUCAAGAAAGUACCUAAGGAUCUAGAUUUUGAUAUUGAGGAAUUUUCAUACUUUGAUGAGCACAAAUUUCUGUCCUUUGUCAAUAUAAAUAUAGAAACGGGAACUAAAUGAAUUACCUUCAUUGAUGCCAGCUAUUUGCUACGUUUUUCACAAA